AUGCUUAAUCACUUUGUUGAAAAGCUUUGUUGUGAGCAUGCAAUUGAAUAAAGAAUAGAUAAGAAUAAUCAAGAAAAUAAGACACCCAUCUUUAAUGCUCACAGAUUUAUUUAAUCCUAACACGAUAGUAAUACUCAUUAAUAGGAAAUUAUAUGCUAUUCUGAUCAGUACUAUCAUAGAAUAUAUAAUUGCCAAUCAGUUGUUGAGUUUAAAGGUAAAACCAGAAAAGAGGUCCAUAUAAAGGCUGAACACAUAUCAUUAAAAUAGAUAGAAAGAAACAAGAAAAAGUGA